AUGCCGAUUUUAAAUCGUGACAAUGUUGCUAUCGGUGUGGCCCAAAUCAUUAACAAAAAGACAGGCACACAUGAAUUUACGACUAAAGAUAUUAACGUCUUCCGUAAUUAUUUAACAUUUUGUGGUCUUGGUCUGUCGAAUGCUCAACUAUUCGAACUGUCUAUUCAAGAAUACAAAAAAAAUCAACUUUCUAGACAAUCGUUAGAUUUCAUGUCACUAAAUAAACAUAACGAUUCUCUCACAUUCCAUCCUUCCUCUGUAACAUUGAACGACAAUAAAAGUACUGAUAAUGGACAUUUACAAUCGACAAAUAUGUCAUCGAAUAUUGAGACAUCAAAUUCCAAAGAGAAUCUUUCGCUUCUAAAAAGACUUAAGCUUCUUCUGAAUUUAGCACGAAAUUUAUUUCGUGAACAAGAUGAUUUGGAACGAUUAGUGCAUAAAAUAACGACGGAAUCGCAAGGCCUUAUGCAAUGUGCUCGGUGCUGUGUCUACAUAUUAGAUCGGCCAGCCACAUCCAACAAAGUCGAAGAUAUUCACUUUUCCAAAGGAUUUGAUAUGAUCUACGGAGAAGAAUUUAAAGUGACAACAAAUGAUUUCUUGGAAAAUUCGCGCUAUGCAAAGAUAGCUUAUCAUGUCGCGGCAACGAUGGAAACAGUCAGUCUGAAUGAAAUAACUAGCGAUCAAGCAUUAGCACAUCUUCUUAUCUCCAACGGAGACGAUGAAUUUGUAUUACGAAAUUUACUUUGUGUACCAAUCAUGGAUAGUAGUGGACAUGUUAUUGGUGUUUCACAAGUAAUGAAUAAACUAAAUGAAAGAAUAUUCACUGAAGAUGAUGUGGCAAUUAUUGAAGCGUUUUCCGUCUUUUGCGGAUUGGGUAUACAUAAUACUCGUCAAUAUGAGAAUGUUGUUCGUUUAACUGCUAAGCAAAAUGUUGCUUUCGAAGUUUUAUCCUAUCAUGUCAUCGCAUGUGAAGAAGAUGCUCAACGAGUCUCACAAAUAUCUGUACCAGAAGCGAGUCAACUACGAUUAUAUGCAUGGGAAUUCAACGAUAUGGUUUUAACUGAUGAUGAAACUGUUCUAGCUAGUGUUCGAAUGUUUAUGGAGUUAGAUUUACCACGAAAAUUACAAAUUCCACAUGAUGUUAUUUGUCGAUGGGUAUUGAGUGUAAAGAAAAACUAUCGACCGGUGAUAUAUCACAAUUGGCGACAUGCAUUUAAUGUUGCUCAAACAAUGUUUUCUAUGCUGACAACCGGUGGUUUGAAUGCUCGUAUGAGUGAUUUAGAACGUAUUGGCUUAUUAAUUGCAUGUUUAAGUCACGAUCUUGAUCAUCGCGGAACAAAUAAUGCUUUUCAAGCGAAAGUCGAUGCGCCACUUGCGAAGUUGUAUACAACAUCAACACUUGAACAUCAUCAUUUUGAUCAAUGUAUUAUGAUUAUACAAACAGAAGGAAAUAAUAUUCUUCAAGCUUUAUCACCUGAUGAUUAUAAACUUGUUGUUCAUUAUAUUGAAUCGGCAAUAUUGUCAACAGAUUUGGCAUUGUACUUUCGAAAACGAGGUGAAUUUCAAAAAUUAGUUGAAGCGAACGAAAAACAAUGGACAGAUUCAGGAAAGAAAGAUUUACUUCGAGGAAUGAUGAUGACAGCAUGUGACGUUGCUGCUAUCUGUAAACCAUGGGAGAUUCAACAAGUCGUGGCGAAAUUAGUCGCAAGUGAAUUUUUUCAACAAGGAGAUAUCGAACGAAAUCAAUUGCAUGUAGAACCAAUUCCUAUGAUGGACCGAGGAAAGAAAGACGAGCUACCGAAAAUGCAAGUUGGUUUUAUCGAUUCAAUCUGCCUUCCACUCUACAAAAUGCUUUCGGAUGUCGAUUCGGGUCUAAGCCCACUCUACGACGGUUGCAAACGAAAUCGUGAUAAUUGGGAGAAACUACAAGAAGAACAUGACAAAUUAAAAUCCUUAUGGUCGGAAAAUACUUCUCAGGAAACAUUACGAAAAGCAUUUGAACCAUCGAAAACAGCAAUACAAGAAAAGAAUAUCACUUCUUCACAAUCCGAUGCCAUCGCAUCACUUAAAGUGGCGAAGAAUACCAAUGAGAAUUUACUAGUAAAACAACCUGCUGCGAUCAAUCGCGAACAACAAACAAUAGCUGUUCCAUCUAUUGAUCCAACUCUUGUCUCAACUAUUCAUGCAAAUAAAGGUGCAAUCGAUAUAAUACGUGGACAAAUCACAGAAUUAAGACAUGAUGUUGAUCAACUACGUCUACAAGUAAACACCCGAAAACGCUCGACAAUUAGUACAAAUCCUCCUGCAAUAAUUCCCUCAUCACCAACCAAUCUUCCUCCUAUUUCUUCUCCACCUGCCAUUGUUAACAAUACUUCUCGUCGUAUUUCAAAAUCCAGUGUACAAAAUGGUAAUCAAGCCGCCUUUUCUCAUCAUCAUCACCAUCAUCAUCAUGUCGAACCAUCUGAUACACCCGGCCGUUCGUCAGUUUGUAAUCUUAUUUGA